AUGAACGUGGGUUUAAAAUAAUGUUAUGUUUGGGUUUGUAGUUUUGGUUUACAAUAUGUAGGGGUAGAAAGGGUCAGGGUUUGGUUUCGGUUUGUAAACCUAAGGUAAGUUGAACCCUAAGGGUCAUUUUUUAUGCCUUUGGGCUCAUCCGCCUCGGGUUGGCUUCUUUUAAAUUUGAUUUGGAUCGGGUUCUGGUCUAUUGGGCCUUCUGUCAGUUUUAGUAGACCUAAGUUGAUCUCUUUGGACUUUGAUUUGAACCUGUGGCUCAUAUAAGCCGGCCCGGUCUAGUACGGGCUGAGACUGUGCCGGACAGGCCCUCUUUUAGGUUUAUUUAGGGCUCUUUCUCAAUAAUUUAUAAAUUUUCAGAAUGCUCUUGAUCAAAGCACAGCAACAUCUCUCAGAUCCUUUAUUAAUCACAGUACAUCAGUAUCAUUAAAAGGUAGUCCACUAGUACUUCCAAAGCAUCUGAAACAUGACUUCGGACUAACAACAGACAAAACGGAUCUUUUUGAUGCUACAACAUCAGUUGAUAUUCAACAUGAUGACAAAAGUAUCAACACAUCGCUGCACGAGAAUCUACAGUCUUCUGAUGUUAACAUAGAGGGAGCUGAUGACAAAGCCUCUAAAAAUGUUAUAAAAGCUGACAUAGGCUCAAAUACAGUAAAUUUAGAGCAGAAUACUGUAUCUACUAGCAUGUCAAUUGAUUUUGAUGAUAUAAAAAAUCAUGAUGACGCAUUAAAUGGACAAAACAGAGCUAAAAAGCGUCAUGAUGACAUGUUUGACAAAAGUUGCUGUACAUCACUAAUAGAGAAUGUGGAUGUGAUGACGGGUACGAGGAGUUUUGAGCACGAUACUAUUGGGAAUAAGUAUGGUAAAGUUGAUUUUUGUGGCGAAACUGAUGACAAAUCAUGGGCUGAUGUUAAGGAUGUGAGCAUAUCAGCUGGAGUCGAGAACGAUGACAAAAGUAUAUGUACGAGUGUGAAUGAGAACUUGGAAGCGGGUGUGGGGACUGAUCGGGUGCUGGUUUAUGUAAGUUUUAUAUAAUAGUUCGGUUUAAAAGUGGCAAAAAUGGGUAAAAUGAACGUGGAAGAUUUUCAGUGGGAAUUGUAUUAGAAAUUUUUCACUUUUUUUGGUUUUUUAGUUCUUGAGCUUAAAAUGAGUCAAAAUUAAAGAAAAAUAUUUUUUUGUGUAAAAUACGGUCUGCAGAGCCAAUUCUGAUAACGUUUUUAGAAUCGCUCCAUGGAGACAUCAGAAAUUAGGUAUUGGCGAGGAGAGAGCAGUCGUUGUGUUCAGACAAUGUUUCCAGAAGACUUUGAAGACGAUGAGAAUGUCAUGGAUGCUGAAACGCGAAGGAAAUUGUUUUCAAAAGCUAAUCAGGACUUUAGUUUUGAAGAUUUAUCAAAUCAUGAUGUUAGGUAUGUUUUUGAAUUGCACCGUGCAAAAAAUUUGAAAAAUUAAUUUAUAAAAUUUUUUGAUUGAUAAUUUAAAAAUUUGAAAUUAAUAUUAUAAAGUAGUACUAUUUUUAUAUAUUAGUGUUAUUUUGGAGCCAAUAUCUUUUUUUUACUUUUAUUAAACUUUUUUUAUGUGACUGCACCGUGCAAAGUUAAAAAAAAUUUUUGAAAAUUUUCAUUUUUUAAUUUUAAAAAACUAUUAUCUUUUUAGCCAAAUGUUUGUUACUGUCUAACAUUCAUACUAUUUUCAGCAUCCAGUACUCUCUGCCAGGCCAAGAUGUGUGUGAAACGGGCGUCCAGACCUUAUUAUCAACUUGUGAUCUGAAUGAGAUGGAAGAAUGUGCCGCCAAGUCAAAAUCAACCGCAGCAAUGAUUAAAAUAACCAAGAAUGACUCUACUACAAGUUUAGAUGGCAGUGAUGAGAACUUGAAUUGCAAAAAGGAGGAUGUUGUUAAGCAAGACCUUAUCAUUCAAACAGACGACUCUUACCUUAAGAUAGCCAGACGACUGGAUGAAUACCGGACCAACAGGUCACAGGGUAUUCAAGUCUACACUGUGGGUCAGUCGUCACCUUCACAUCGCCGCAAAAACAGUCGAUAUUUGGCGGCUGCGAGUAAUUUUGUCAGGAGACGAAGCAGUCGAUCGCCGAGAGUGCCAAGAUACCCAAGGAAUGAGAAAACACCUCAGCGGGACGAGGAGAUGACAACAAGACCUGAGUUGUUGUUACCUGUUGCAUUGUUGGAGGAGUAUUCACAUGCCGGGCCUAGUACUAGCAGUGGGCAUGUGCGGUCGGGUAGGUUAAUAUAAGUUUUUAAUAGAAAAUUGGGCAGGGACUUUGUUUGAGGGUGGGAUAGGAUAAAUAAGGUACGAUGAGAUGGGGUACACGUCAUACCGAGAGGUGAAAUAGAACCAACGUGGCGUUUCGUCUAACAAAACGGCGCGUAGUGUCACAUUUUCAAAAAUUGAUUGUUUUUUUUAUUUUAUUAUUUUCAAUCGAUAUUUGAAGCGCAGCGAUUUGUGUUUCUGCGUUGACGAAACGUCACAACCGCUUUAUUUCACAAAUUUGUUUUAUUUCGGUUUGACGUGGGGUAGGGUAAGAUAAUGAAAUUUUUUUUUAAAUUUAAAAUUUUGCAAUUUUUCAGAAGACGAAAUCUCGGAUCUAUCAGAAGUGGCAGAGUUAACAACGACUCGGAAGAUGGCAAAAGUCUUGACAUUUUUGGAACCAAAACCCCCAGCUUCUGGCUUAUUAGCGGUGGCACAGAACGCUCAAGUAACGACGGAAAAAGCGAAACGAAAAGUUAGUUGGAGGCCAAAGCUACUCAGUAGAGCUUCAACAUCAUCAUUGUUUGGCAAUGAGGAGAAGAAAAGUGUCAAGGUAGGAAGUUUGAACAGAAUUUCUUUUUUUUGGGGGGUGUUUUUUUUGUAAAAUACGUGGCGCCGGAUUUUCGUGUAUGAAAGGGAGAGGCUAAGACCAAAAAAUUUGGAGGGAGGGGGAAAAAAAAAUUUCGGGUGGUGGGUUUAAAAAUUUUUUUUGUAUUAAAUUUGAUAAUAUGAACCCUCUUUAUAAUAAUAGCUUUUUCACCGUCCUUUGUAAUAGAACUUUAUCAAAAAUUACCUGGGUAGUGCACUAUAGUGUCACAUCCUGUUUAUAACGGCACUUUGGUCUAAACUUUUGAGUGUUAUCUAAACAGGGUUGACUGUAUCUCAAUAUACCUUCUCUAACUUUGUGUUUGUUAUCUACCCACCUACUCAUUUUCAAUUCCUUUUCUAUAAAUGAGGUUCACUUACUUACAAGUACAUAUAUUUCCAUAAAGAACACAUAUCCAUGCACAUAUAUUGUUUUCUCAACACAAAUUUGUUAUCACAUACACCUUUCAGCAUGAUAAGUAAUAUUUUGUAUGUCACUAAAUAUUGCACAUGAUUGAAAAACGUUAAACUUGGUACACUAAACUCAACGGUUUGUCUUUCACAUUAUUAUGCACAUCAGUAGCACCCACCUUCACUGCAUUUGUAAGUUGGUAUAUACGAUUUUUAACGGCAAAAAAAAUUUAGAGUAUUAGUCUGUUUAAAUAAUUUUGAGCCUCUGAACUCUGAAAAUUUGCUUUCAGAAUGGCUCAAAAUUAAUUUAACAGCCAAAUAUUUAUUGCACUGUGCCAAAAUUUAUCAUUACAGUAUCUUACAGUAAUAAAAAAUUAUUUUUGAUAUGAUUUUCAGCAGAUAUCCGCCAGUUUUGAUCAUUCCACAUCCUCAGCCAUUAGUCGAGUACUAGAGCGCGACUCUCCUCGUCGUUCAUCUCUCCCCGUUCCAAUCAAGAAUCCGAUUCCGACCGGUCGAGUAAAGGAUUACGUGACUAAACAUGAGAAGGGAAUCCACUCUCCAGGCACGGUGGAAGGCUUGAAGAAGGGCAUGGUACAGGUUAUUGACAUGAGGACCAAGAAUUCUGGAUAA